CUCCCGAUUAAAGUUCUGGAAAAUGUAGGAACGGGGGCUUAUGCGAUUGUUGAGAGCGUCGAAAUCGGUUCUCGACUCUACGCUCGGAAGUCGAUCGCUCUCCCACGAUACAACCAGAAUCGGAUUCGCCAAACAAUUCAAAAUGAAGUAUCUGUCAUCCGCUCGUUAGCUCAUCCUCACAUCGUCCGGGUCUACUGCACGUACGAAGAGAAGUCAAGAUUCGCCAUUGUUUUGGACCCUCUCGCCAGCUGCGAUCUGGAAGCCUAUCUAGAAUCUGCACAGCAUAGUACGCCGCAAGAUCCAGAGACAGGGCACCACAAAUUGAUUUGGAAGUGGCUUCGCUGCCUCGCCAACGCGCUUGCCUUCAUUCACUCUAAAGGCAUACGGCACAAAGAUAUCAAAACACGCAACAUCCUCAUAAAAGAUUUCGAAGUCAUCUUCGCUGACUUCGGCUCCAGCCACGCUUUCCUAGACGAAGGCACAAGUGUCACCGAAGGCCCUGCAUUUGGUCACACAUUACUGUAUUGUGCACCGGAGUGCGUGUCUUGGGAAAAGCGUAGCAGAUCGGCUGACAUCUUUUCUUUGGGCUGUGUGUACACUGAAAUGGCUACCUCACUC